GCGAAAUCAAUAGUUCCACUCUUAUCCAGACAACAAUUAACCAUGUUACGUUUGCUAGCUACUUUCGCCCUGGUGGCCGGCACCUUUGGCGCUGUUUUGCCAGAUGACAUGGAUGGACGCAUUGUAAAUGGUGUUGACACAACCAUUGAACAACAUCCCUAUCAGGUAUCGCUUCAGACCAAUAGCGGCUCACAUUUCUGUGGUGGUUCGAUUAUCAGCGAAGAUGUGGUUGUAACGGCUGCCCACUGCAUGCAAAGCUAUUCGGCUUCCCAGUUUAAGGUGCGCCUGGGCUCCACCAAUUACAGCCAAGGUGGUGAUUUGGUUGGUGUGAAGUCCUUCAAAUUCCACGAAGGUUACAAUCCCAAGACCAUGGUUAAUGACAUUGCUGUCAUCAAGUUGGCCACGCCGGUGAGAGAAUCUGCGCAUGUUCGUUAUGUCCAAUUGGCCAAUAAGACACCGGCCACUGGAACUUCAGCUGUUGUCACUGGCUGGGGUACCAAAUGUUUCCUGACUUGUUCCAGCUUACCCACAACAUUGCAAGAAGUGGAGGUGGAUAUUGUUGAUGAGAAGGCUUGUGCUUCUGCGGAAUUCAAAUAUGGUUCUCUCAUUCAAGAGACCAUGGUGUGUGCUUAUGCCGUCAAAAAGGAUGCCUGCCAAGGUGAUUCGGGUGGCCCAUUGGUAUCGGGUGGCAAAUUGGUUGGUGUUGUCUCUUGGGGUAUUGGUUGCGGCAAGGAGGGCUAUCCUGGUGUCUAUGCUGAUGUACCUUCGUUGCGUGGCUGGGUUGAAAAAACCGCCAAGGCAUUGUAAAUGAAUGGUUAUGUGAAAAUUAAAAAAAAAUAUAUAUUGAACAUAAA